AAUUAAUACAUUAUUCAUUUUUAAAUAUGCUUCUUCACAACUUUUUCGAUUGCCAAAUUCAAUGAAAGCAUAUUGAAGAGAAUCACCAGUUUGACGGUCCCUUAUUACUUCACAUCUGAAAAUAUAUAAAGAAGAUUGGUACUACUGACCAUCUGCAAAUAGUUUCACACUUUCUACCUGCGUGCAAGGGAUUUAAGAGGUUAUACUUUUUUUAAAAAAGUGUUGACCAUGGUUAAAAUCGCUCUUCAAAUAAAAGCUACACUUGAAAACAUUGAGGAAUUAAAACCAAAUGGUUCAGACUUUCGUUGGUAUUUCAAAUUUUCCUGUAACAAUUGCGGUGAGGUUUCUGAAAAAUGGAAUUACGCUUCUUUAGAUGAAUCAACACCUGCACAACGUGGAAACGCUAUUAAUCACUUUAUCAGUAAAUGCAAACUUUGUUCACGGGAGAAUUCGAUGACAAUUAUUGAGGAUUCCAUAAAGUCUUAUAAUUCGGAUGACCAAGGUAAAUUCAAAAUAAUUGUCUGUUUGGAAUGUCGAGGAAUUGAGCCAUGUGAUUAUUCUCCAAGAGAAGGAUGGAUUGCUAAAGCAUGUAACAAUGGAAAUGUAUUUACAGACAUUGAUCUCAGUGACGCCCGAUGUGCUGGCAGAACUGGAAGAAUUGGCUGACAGCCAUGGAUUCGUUCGAAUACGUGAUCGUUGCCUUGGGGAUUGCAGUGGACCCGAAACUAGAGGCGGUGGUAUAGAAGAUGGAAUCGACAGA